UUCUUGCUAAUUUUGUAAUCAAAAUUUCUUCAUUUGUACUUGUAUAUAUAUCAGGUCAAAAAAUUGUACAAGUUAAUACAUUGUGAAGUUUUGAGCAUUUCUUCAUUACCAAUCUUUCCAUAAUCUGUAUCUUCUCUAAAAAUGGUCUCCGAACAGGAUUGUGAUCGAGAGGCUGAGAUCAAGGCUUUCGAAGACUCGAAAACUGGAGUCAAGGGCCUUGUUGAUGCUGGGAUAACUAAAAUCCCUAGUAUAUUCAUACAUGAACAACACAGCCUCAAUAACAUUAACAACACCGAUAAUGGCACAUACAAGUCUUCUGAUGAUGACAAAAAGAACAAGAUCCCUUUGAUCGAUUUCAAGGGGAUCGAUGACGAAGAUGGAGGUCGACGUGAGGAGGUAAUAGAGCAAGUGAAGAUAGCAUGUGAAAAUUAUGGCUUCUUUCAAGUCGUCAACCACGGUAUUCCUCUUGAAGUACUAGAUGAGAUGAUAGAGGGCAUACGUAAGUUUCAUGAACAAGAUGUUAAGACUAAGAAAGAGUAUUAUUCGAGGGAUUACGACACCAAUCAUUUUUUGUACAAUAGUAAUUUCAACUUGCUCCAAGUCAAGGUGGCUGCUUGGAGAGAUACCAUGACUUUUAUUCGUGGAUCUUCUCCUCCCAAUCCUCAAGAAUUACCCCUAAAAUGCAAGGAUAUAUUGAUCCAUUACACUAAUGAGGUGAUGAAAUUAGGUGAAACAAUCUAUGAGCUACUAUCUCAAGCUCUUGGACUUGAAUCAAGUUAUCUUAAGAACAUAGGGUGCAACGAUGGCAUAUUUGCUCCAUGCAAUUACUACCCUGCUUGCCCCGAGCCAGAAUUGACCAUUGGCUCAGCUACUCAUGCGGAUAGCGGCUUCAUAACUAUACUCCUCCCUAACCACAUCCCUGGCUUACAAGUUCUCUAUCAAGGUCAUCAGUGGCUCGACGUUGUCCCUAUUCCUGGUUCACUAGUCGUCAACAUGGGAAAUUUGAUGCAGUUGAUUACCAACAACAAAUUUGUGAGUGCAUUGCACAGGGUACUAGCAAGUAAAGAAGGGCCAAGGAUUUCAAUGGCAUGCAUUUUUAGAGCUCACUAUUAUCCACAGAAUACCACACGACUUUAUAAACCAAUCGAGGAGCUUUUAUCUCCAGAAAAUCCUCCAAUUUACCGUGCUGUAACUGUUAAGGAAAUCAUCUCAAACAAACAGUCAUCUAAUCCUGGAAGCAUUGGCAACGCUCUUGACAAAUUUAAGCUUUGAUAUGGGUUACGUUGUCCUCACUUACAUUACUCAAUCGUAUCUGAAUCAGAGAUGAUGUUCUUAAUUUGAAUCAGAGGGGAAAUCUAUAUAACCCUUUAAGUAUGUGGUCUCACUUUGUCACUUUCUAAACCAAUCGUGUGGAAUCUUAUUUAUUGUAAUUUAAUCUCCUGCCUUUUAUUUUGGCAAAAUGUAUGAACAAGUAGUAAGCCCAACUUAAGUAUUAUAAACUAUAUUUAUAAUUAGUACCUUAUGAUACACUAUACAAUAAAUUAAUUAUGGGUUUCAACCUUUGACGUGAUAUCAGAGCUAACGUGACAA